AUGGUCUACCGCAAUAACGUCCACGCCGUCACGGUAAGCGUCGUCAUCAUCUUGUCUUUCGCGGUCUUUUCGUGGGUGCCAGCCGAAGCCGAUCCGUCGGACACAACCGAUCCAUGCUACGACGGAGAUCGGGCUCGCCGGUGCGUUCCCGACUUUGUCAACGCCGCUUAUGGCGGUCACGUGGAGUCGACCAGCACGUGUGGCGUGGGUGGUCCCGAGCGGUACUGCGAGCUAGGCCCCACGUCCCAGGGCAUCUGCCACACGUGCGACGACACGCAGCCAAAACGCCGUCACCCGGCAGCCUACCUGACCGACCCGAACAACCCGUACAACGCCACGUGCUGGCGGUCCGAGACGCUAUCCGCGCAACCUGUGGACCCGGCGUCGGCGCUACCACCGCCCGAUAACGUGACGCUCACACUGUCGCUGGGCAAAAAGUACGAGCUCACGUACAUCAACCUGCAGUUCUGCCCUAAGGCCGCCAAACCAGACUCUAUAGCAGUGUACAAGAGCAUGGACUACGGUAAGACGUGGCAACCGUUCCAGUUCUACUCAGGACAGUGCCGCAAGGUGUACGGCCGGCCCAACCGGGCCAUCAUCACCAAGGCCAACGAACAGGAGGCCCUGUGCACGGACUCGCACCGAUUCAACGGGGCAGGGUCGUCGGCGUCACGGGUCGCGUUCAGCACGUUGGAGGGCCGGCCCAGUGCCAUCGACUUCGACAACAGCCCUGUGCUCCAGGACUGGGUGACGGCCACUGACGUGAAAAUAAUAUUCAACCGGUUGCACUUCCCGUCCGCGCCUCCGGACUCGCCUGCCAGCGCUGCGGCAACCACCGCUAGUAGCACCGCCAGCACCACCACCAGCACGGCCAGCAGCCUCGGUGCCACCGGUGUGGAUUUAAAGUCAGAUUCGGACGAACCACUCAACGGCAACAAGACGAGUGCUGAUUUGCUCAUGCUGAACCCGGACCAAGAGUUGCAGGGACAUGAACCCGAAAAGACCACCGUCGUCGUUCCGGUGACUACCGCGUCGCCGUCCGCCGGUCGCACGUACCAUUAUGCGGUGUCCGAUUUGUCCGUGGGCGGCCGGUGCAAGUGCAACGGACACGCGUCCAAGUGCAUACCGUCAGGUCCCGGGGCGUCGCUGGUAUGCGACUGCAAGCACAACACCGCUGGACGAGACUGCGAUCGGUGCAAGCCAUUCCAUUUUGACAGGCCCUGGGCUAGGGCCACUGUUCGCGAUCCCAACGAAUGUAAACGUAAGUAUUUCAGCCGAUUCAAUCAAAAUAUAAUAGUUAUUUUAAGUAAUUAUAAUACCUUAGAAUACAAAUAUGAUAUUACGUAUGCAUAA